AUGGCAAGCAAUGAUUUAUUAAAUAUUUUAAAAUAUUUUGAAAUUGAUGAAAAGAUAGGUUUCGUAUUUCCAAAUCCAUUAACAAAACUUCCGGAAAAAUUCAAACUAUGGCAUGAAAUUGCUGAUGAAAUUCAAGAAUUAAUAGAAAAGAAUAGAUUGGAAGAACGAAUACAACAAUUACCAUUGAUAACUGCAGAUACGCUUAAUACAAAUGAAGAAUUACGCUUAGCUCAUCUUUUAUUGGUAACUUUAGCAGCUGGAUAUGUUUGGCAAGAUGGACCUGAUAAAGCUCGAUUAAGUAUUCCGGCAAAUAUUUCACUGCCAUUAUUCGAUGUAAGCAAUCGUAUAGGCUUAAAACCAAUAGUUUGUCAUGCAUCAGCCUGUUUAGCUAAUUGGAAACCGAUACGGGAAAUGGAAGUUUUCAAUGCUGCAAUGAUUGAUAUCAUCACUUUCCGGUUUACUCAACAUCAUGGUAAUCGAUGGUUUUUUACACUUACUGCUCAGAUAGAAACCGAAUUAGCUGAAGCAAUAUGCGCAAUUGCAAGUGCAUGUCUCUAUGGCAAAAUGGAAGAAAUAACAAUGCGACACAUUUAUAAUGCGGUGACAAAUGCUACAAGUACCAUUCAGGUCUGA